GAGGGCCACUUUAAGGGGCAGAGCUCAGGGGUCAGAGAUCCUGGGGGACAGGGCAGGGCCUGGAGAGCAGCCAGGGCAGGGCUGGGCUUGGGGGUCAGUUUGGGUUCAGGUUUCGAGAAGUGCAUAACUUCCAGGACUGCUAGAUUUCCUCACCCCUAGGAAGAAACCACUGAACACCACCCGCUUCCCGGAGCCGACACCUCACAGCCCCUCUCCUCUUUCCAGGAAAGCAGGGCCAAAGCACCCCCACAUUAGGCAGUCUGACCCCCCAUUUUAUAGUUGGGGCCUGAGAGGCUCUUGCUCAGGGACACAGAGAUGAGGCACAGGGCCUCUGCCCAUCCCGGAGACCCCAGUGCCGGGCAACCGACCUGCCUUCCAGGAGGCUGGGCCAGUCCACCAGGCCCCUGGGCUUGAGGGGCUGCUUCAAGGCAUCAGAGUCAUCCAGCUGAGCCCAGGAAUCCUUGGCAAAAGUGUCUCCACCUUGGGGCAGGUGGUGGCCACCUCUGAGCUGCCUGGGGAAAGUACACGGGCUCUGCCUCAGACAGAUUUGGGUAUCUUAUUAUCUGACUUUCAGUCCAGCAACUUCACUGAGCUUGAGUUUCCUCCUCUGCAAAGUGAGGAGAAUAAGAGCAACCGGAUAGCCAUGCACCACUGUUCAGUUGUCCACUGAAAAGGCACCUGACCAAGUGAGUUAGUGGGAGUCGAGAACCAGCCUGGGAUCUGCUUGCAAACGUGGGCACUUUGUCCCGGGAUGGUCCCCCCGCGGUUGCUAAGGGCAUUUUGAAGAUGCUCAUGAAAGUGCAUGGAGCUUGCCCUCAGUCCAGGCUUGGCAGAGGCGCGUCACCUUCCCUCUCCGGAAUUCUUCUCAAACCAUCCUUUCUUUCAUUUUCUUUCUUUCUUUGGUUUCCUUUUGUCCUUUCGAGACAGAGCCUUUCUAUUCCAGGCUGGGCCUUCAACUCAGUUUGUAGUUCAGGCUGUUCUCAGACUCAGAAAUCCUGCUGCCUCAGUGCUGGGAUCACAGGCAUGCGCCAUCAUGCCUGGCUUCAGGCCCCCAAUUGUUCCCUCCUUGUCUUUCCAGGGCUCAGCCUGCUGCCACUCUCCUUGCUCCUGGUGCAAGCCAGUGUGUGGGGGUUCCCAAGGCCACCAGGGGCGUCCACACUGCGCACCGAGCUCGCUGUCAGUCUGCAUCUCACCAGGAAGCUGCUCUCAGAGGUUCAGGGCCAGGCCCACAGCUUUGCUGAAUCACACCUGUCUGGAGUGAGCCUGGAUCUCCUGCCCCUGCCGCAGCAGCUCCCCAGUGUGUCCCUGACCUUCCAGGCCUGGCGCCACCUCCCCGACCCAGAGCGACUCUGCCUCCUCUCCUUGACGCUUCGGCCCUUCCACGCCCUGCUGAGAAGGCUGGGGAGCCAGGGGCUCUGGAGCAGCUCAGAGAGGAUGCGGCUGAGGGCAGCGAGGCUGGAUCUCCGGGACCUGCAGAGGCAUCUGCGCUUCCAGGGGCUGGCUGUGGGAGUCAACCUCCCUGAGGAGGAAGAGGAGGAGGAGGAGGAGGAGGGGGGGGCCAAGGAGGGGACCAGGCUGCUCCCAGGGCCGCAGGUGUCCUGGCCUCAGCUGCUCUACAGCUACCAGCUGCUGCACUCCCUGGAGCUGGUCUUGUCUCGGGCCGUGAGGGACUUCCUGCUGUUGUCCAAGGCUGCACACCUGGGCCUGGCUCCUGUCCUGAGAGAGGGGCCUGCUAGUCCCCUUCCCUUCCCCUCCAGCUCCUCAGGACUGGGGUCCUGGCCGAGUGGGCAGCCUCCAGCUCAGCUGCCUCAGACUACGAAAAAGUUCUAUCAGCCCCUAGACCUACCCCCUACCCAGUAACUUAAAGCCCCUCCAGUCCAUGUCAGAUAUUUAUUUCUUGGAUAUUUAUUUAUUGUUUAGGAGAUGAUUUAUUUAUUGUUUCAUCCUCAGGCUGGGCCACUGUGCUGGGUGCCUAAUAAAGCCUUCUCACCCUC